CCUAGCAAACAAACACACGCCGAAGUUUUCUCAUCCCGUUUCUAUUAGGUUUUUCUGCAGCUCACGCUUUCAUCACACGGUUUUUAGAGGAGGGUCGUCAUGCCGGUGAUUUGUGCAGCGUUUGGGUGUAAUAACAAGUUUGUCAAAGGGUCAGAAAUAAGAUUUUACAGGUUUCCGCUCAGUAAACCUCAACUCGCCAGCAAAUGGGUGCAAAGUCUGGGGAUGAAAAACUUCCUCCCGACCCCCAACACCUGCCUCUGCUCAGAGCACUUCAGGACAGACUGCUUCAGGGACUACAACGGAAAACAGUUUCUGAGGGAAGACGCUGUACCCACCAUAUUCACUCAUGACUCAUCAAAGAUUGAACUUCGCAAAAGAGUGACACCAAAGGAAACAAAUGCUCCAAAUCCAGUUUCAACUCAAGCGGACAGAGACAGAGCGCGAGAUGCUGCAGGUCUACGCAGAGAUAAAAGAGGUGGAAUGAGGGGAGGACGAGGAGGACGUGGAGGCAAACAUGGGUCUGACAGACAAGCCAUCGGUGCCAAGAGCCGAGUGUACGACAACAAAGGCCGUCUGCUGUCCAACGGCAAAGACAUGUGCGACUGUCUGGACGUGGACUGCAUGGGCUGCUUCUACCCCUGCCCCAGGUGUGGAUCGCGCAAAUGUGGGGUCGAGUGCCGAUGCGACAGGAAGUGGCUUUAUGAGCAGGUGGAGGUGGAGGGAGGAGAGAUCAUUCGGAAUAAGUUUGCCGUUUGAUAAAACUCUUCGGUGUUCACACGUGGAGGCUGGUCCAAAUCCCUCCCUGAAAAGACUGUGAUGCUUUUCUGAGGAACUUUUACUGAAGUUUGCUGAUGUUUAGCAGGUUUUACGAAGUGUUCACCUGAAUAUUGGAUGUGCAUUUUGUUGCACUUCUUUGUUCUUUUUUUUUCCUGUUUUUUCAUACUGUAAAACUGUUUUUAUGGUUCAACAUUCGUUACCUUUUUUUAAUGCAAUACAUUUGCUGUGUUGCUGUAUGUUCCACAGGAAUAUGUUAAGCCUGUCAUAUUGUAGUGUAGUACAUCAGAGAAUAUACAGCGAGUUGGUCGUUAUUUAACAAUAAACACUCUUUUUUUUU